GCAAUCGGGACCAAUGAAAGCAUGAUACUCUCACCCACCCAGUGACUAAGAGCUGAGUGUGUAUUUAAGAACUUUGGCAGACCUGGGCUGCAGGGUUUUAUUUGCCUUGUCCUCAGCCAGUCACCAACUCCUCUGAUUUGGGAGGGAAGCUCCAGGCUAAAGACAGGACACCAGGCCUAGCAAGCAACAUGUGUUACGGCAGAUGUGCCCGAUGCAUCGGGUACUCCCUGGUGAGCCUUGCCGUCCUGUGUAUCGUGGCCAACAUUUUGCUGUAUUUUCCCAACGGGGAAACAAAGUAUGCCACGGAAGACCACCUGAGUCGCUUCGUCUGGUUCUUCUCGGGUAUCAUAGGAGGGGGGCUGCUGAUGUUCCUCCCUGCUUUUGUCUUUAUUGGGCUGGAAGAGGAAGAUUGCUGUGGAUGCUGUGGCCAUGAGAACUGUGGGAAAAGCUGUGCGAUGCUGUCCUCGGUGCUGGCGGCCCUCUUGGGACUUGCAGGGUCUGGUUACUGCGUCAUCGUGGCAGCUCUGGGCUUAGCUGAAGGUCCCCGAUGUCUUGACAGCCAUGGCCAAUGGAACUACACUUUUGCCCACACCAAUGGAGAUUACCUUGUUAACCCCUCCCAGUGGUCUGAGUGCGUUGAGCCCAGGAAUAUCGUGCAAUGGAACGUGACCCUGUUUUCCAUUCUCUUGGCACUUGGAGGAAUCGAAUUCAUCUUGUGUCUCGUUCAAGUAAUAAAUGGCGUACUUGGAGGCAUAUGUGGUUUUUGCUGCCCCCGCCAACAGCAAUAUGACUGUUAGAAGAAGCACCCCAGAAGAGAAGCCAAAAUCAUCCUGAAUUUCACUGUAAUUUAUGUUUCAUUUUUAUUAACUUGUAAAACUUUGUACUAGUAUUUGUAUCAUAUUGCAUAUACUUUACUUUUAUAAAUUUGUAUAGAGACUGGUAAGUCUGUGCUAUGGCAAGACCUGAACUUGGUGAUAUCAGGACUCACCCAAUGCAUGAGAAACUUAAGCCUGCUUUAUAGGGGAUUUUCACUGGAAUAAGUGGAGAUGGCUCCCUAGCAAUCAGAGCACAAAACUGAGUGAUACUUUAGACAAACAUCCCAUGGAUACAAAUGACAUUCUCAUAAGUACUGCACACAUUUGCAUGAAUUUUUUUGAAAUAAGAGAGCAUCCUGGAGUGCUUUUAUUUAAAAGAAGAAGAAAAGAAAACCCAGAAAGAAACUUUCUUUCAUUGUUUAUAUGGUGUUUCCCGUUUGUAUAGUGUUUCCAAGCUUCUUCAGAAGCUCCUUUAGCUCAAGUGACAGUGUUGACUGUGAUGGCGGGGAAGCUGCCUUUCUGCAACCUGUGAGAGUUGCUUAAUGAAAUUGUCCUGGGACCGAUGAAAGAGGCAGCUGUCUGUCUGCAUCUUCCUAGCUGGGUUUUAGCAUGACAUAAGGUCUGCACCAAGAAAGGGGCUUUUGCAAAGUUAAGAGAAGGCUGUGGAGAAGCCAUCGAGGAAAAAAAAAGGGAGACGGAUUGAAGCAGUGAAACCAAAACAAAACAGUAUUAAUGGAGGGAGAAGGCAUCCAUCCCCAACCCACCCCCCACCCCGCCACAGCUCCCAUCCCCCCCACGACGAACUCAUGGAAGGAUAUUGACCAGAGUCACACAUGGCCCAGCAUAGAUGGGGUUAAAUUUGGGUAUUUAAGUAUUUAGGGAAAAAAGAUUGAGAGUAGGUACUGUACCAAACACCCCAAGUCUUUGUAUUAAAAAAAAUAAAAAAGUUUAUUUACCACA